GUAUGCUGCUCUUCUUCCCCCACACCCCCAUUGAUCUCUCAUGAAAGGAACAACAAUGGGUCUUAGGACUGGAAGAUGUUGGUCUUUUCCUGUACUGACCUUUCUGAUCUUUUUGUUUCUUUGUUUAGCAACUGCAGACAGUUUUAACAGCAGUUUCAGCAAAGUGAAGUACAGAAUACAGGAGAAGGUUUGCAAUCUGUAUGAAGGAAGAUGGGUGUACGAUGAGUUUUAUCCUCCGUACAAUUCAUCUGCCUGUCCCUUCAUACGCAAGGAAUUCGACUGCCAGAAGUACGGCCGCCCUGAUCACCUCUACCUCAAGUUCAGAUGGCAGCCUGCAAACUGUCAAUUGCCAGAGUUUAAUGGGCUAGAUUUCUUGGAGAGAUUUCGGGGCAAGAAGAUAAUGUUCAUUGGAGAUUCAGUGAGUCUCAACCAUUGGCAAUCUCUGGUAUGCUUGCUCCAUGCUGCUGCUCCCUUUUCCACAAUAAUCAGAGAAAAUUCCAGCAAUAUUUCUACUGUCACAUUCCAGGACUACAUGGUUUCAGUGAUCCUUUUCCAUUCCCUGUACCUGGUAGACAUCCAGGAAGAGGAAAUUGGUCGAGUUUUGAAGCUGGAUUCAAUUAGCAAUGGUGAUGUAUGGAGGAACAAUGAUGUUCUGGUUUUUAACACUUGGCUUUGGUGGUACCGCAGAGGACCUCGGCAACAGUGGGAUUAUAUCCAAGUUGAUGGUAAGAUUGUAAAGGACAUGGAUCGCAUGGUUGCAUUUCAGAAAGCCUUGACGACAUGGGCCAAUUGGGUUGAUUCAGAUGUGGAUCCCACAACGACGAAGGUUUUCUUCCAAGGGAUUUCUCCAUCCCAUUACAAUGGAACGGACUGGGGUGAGCCUGGGGUGAUGAACUGCGCGAAUGAAACACUGCCACUGAAUGGAUCAAUUUAUCCGGCGGGUUUGCCUCCGGCAGUAUAUGUAGUGAAAGAAGUUAUAAGUAAUAUGAGUAAACCAGUCCAUCUGCUGGACAUAACAACUCUUUCGCAGCUAAGGAAAGAUGCACAUCCUAGUAGUUACAAUGGCUUCAAGGGCAUGGACUGCACCCACUGGUGUAUACCAGGACUCCCUGACACAUGGAAUCAACUUCUCUAUGCAGCUCUUAUUGCUUAGAAGAUGGAAGUAAUAUUUAAUUCAUAGAUAAUGUCUAGAAAGUAGAAAUUAACCAUAUUCAUUCUUUUAAAUUAAAUCAAUGGCAUGUAUUUGUUUGAUUUUUAGGCUGAUAAAUGUCACUGGACCACAUUGAAAUGCAAUAGGUAAUAAUUGUAUAAGAUAGACAUUUAUGAAUUUCCUAUCCUAAUUCAAAUUUU